UAUUGAAAUUCAAUUAGCUGAAAAUUCCUUCAUGAUCUCAAAGGUUAUGAAUUGAAGUAGAGUGCAAUGGUGUAUAUUGUUGGGAGUGUAAAUAGGUGUACUCAAACAUUUACUGAAGUUUAAUUGUUUAAAAAUUCUAUAAAUUACCAACAGUAUAGUCACAAACCUUUGUAGUUUUAGUAGGUUUUGACCCUGUAUCACAGAUUUUCUGUACUAGACAUGAAAAAACAUUCAAUUAUCCAUCAACAUAACCAAGUAGUUAGUAUUUCUAAAUCUUCGAUUUUUUUGGUAGUUUAUAACAGUAUAUUUAGAUUAUAUUACUUGGUAUAUUGGUUUUGUCGUAUAUUUAUUAUUUGAAGUGAUUGUGAUAUUCUCCUACAUGACCAUGGUUUGUACAAGUAGACUACGUACCUCUAGAGUAGCCAUGUAAGGUCAGUAUAGAACUAAAAGUACUCUGGCAAGUAGACAUGUUGUCUUUAUUUUAGCAAGGAAUCAAGGUAUUAGACAAGGACAACAAGAGUGCUCUUCAAGGGGAGGCAAUCAGUCUGCCUCUGUCAGCCCACGAGGAGAAGCGUCAUCAGAUGAUAAAAGACAGACAAAAGGAGUACAACAAUAUGUUAGCCAAGAAAGAGUCACAAAGUCAACCAAAACAGAGAUCCAUUGUUGAUGGGGAAGACAAAAGUCUGCCAUUGUCUUAUAACCAACAUAAACAAUUACCACAGGCGAGAAAACCUGAAAACAUAGACACCAAGAAAGCGUCUGACAAAUCUGGCCGUAAUCCUCUUGAAGGAGAGGCCAUAAGUCUCCCGAUAUCUGGCCACGAGAAGGAGCGGCGACGGUUGAUGGAGGAGAGGCGACGUGAAUACAAUGAAAUGAUCGGCCAGCAUAAGUCGAAAAAACCAAACCAAAAAGGAACAAAAUCAACUUGGGUCCCAGAAGAGCGUGAGUCACAUGACCCAAGUAAUAAUGACAUUAGGUCUGACCUGAAGCACCAAGACUUUACUCAGGUACUGAGACUUGUCAUUAUGGUCUCAAAUAUCAAUUCCUCUUGUCAUUACGGUCUCAAAUAUCAAUUCCUCUUGUCAUUAUGGUCUCAAAUAUCAAUUCCUCUUGUCAUUACAGUCUCAUCAUAUAUCAAUUCUGCUGUUUAAAUGUACAUAU